CCAUUUUGUGAUCCGUGACUUAAUUCUCCCAUUACCCUCUUCAACACUACCUCUCCACCUUUCAAUCCGUUUUAGCUCGUCAUUUCGCUUCCUCUACCUUCCCUUCCGUUUUACUGACAUCCCUACCCCUCCUUCAGAAACCAGUCUCUCUCCUCCUACCGCCACCAUGUCUGCCGAGACUUUCGAGUUCCAGGCUGAGAUCUCUCAGCUCCUCUCCCUCAUCAUCAACACUGUCUACUCCAACAAGGAGAUCUUCCUGCGUGAGCUGAUCUCCAACGCCUCCGAUGCUCUGGACAAGAUUCGCUAUGAGUCCCUGUCCGACCCCUCCAAGCUCGACUCGGGCAAGGAUCUCCGCAUCGACCUGAUCCCCAACGCUGAGGCCAAGACCCUCACCAUCCGUGAUACCGGUAUCGGUAUGACCAAGGCUGACCUCAUCAACAACCUCGGUACCAUUGCUCGCUCUGGUACCAAGCAGUUCAUGGAGGCUCUCUCCGCUGGUGCUGAUAUCUCCAUGAUCGGUCAGUUCGGUGUUGGUUUCUACUCUGCCUACCUUGUGGCCGACCGUGUCACCGUCAUCUCCAAGCACAACGAUGACGAGCAGUACAUCUGGGAGUCUGCUGCCGGUGGUACUUUCACCCUCACCCAGGACACCGAGGGUGAGCAGCUUGGUCGUGGUACCAAGAUCAUCCUCCACCUGAAGGAUGAGCAGACCGACUACCUCAACGAGAGCCGUAUCAAGGAGGUUGUCCGCAAGCACUCCGAGUUCAUCUCCUACCCCAUCUACCUCCACGUCCUGAAGGAGACCGAGAAGGAGGUCCCCGAUGAGGAGGCUGAGACCAAGGAGGAGGAAGAGGGUGACGAGAAGAAGCCCAAGAUCGAGGAGGUCGAUGAGGAGGAGGAGAAGAAGGAGAAGAAGACCAAGACCGUCAAGGAGAGCAAGAUCGAGGAGGAGGAGCUUAACAAGACCAAGCCCAUCUGGACUCGUAACCCCGCCGACAUCACCCAGGAGGAGUACGCUGCCUUCUACAAGUCCCUCUCCAACGACUGGGAGGACCACUUGGCCGUCAAGCACUUCUCCGUCGAGGGUCAGCUCGAGUUCCGUGCCAUCCUCUACGUCCCCAAGCGUGCUCCCUUCGACCUGUUCGAGUCGAAGAAGACCAAGAACAACAUCAAGCUCUACGUCCGCCGUGUCUUCAUCACUGAUGACGCCACUGACCUCAUCCCCGAGUGGCUCAGCUUCGUCAAGGGUGUUGUCGACUCUGAGGACCUUCCUCUCAACCUGUCCCGUGAGACUCUCCAGCAGAACAAGAUCAUGAAGGUCAUCAAGAAGAACAUCGUCAAGAAGGUUCUUGAGCUCUUCACCGAGAUCGCUGAGGACCGCGAGCAGUUCGACAAGUUCUACUCUGCCUUCAGCAAGAACAUCAAGCUCGGUAUCCACGAGGACGCCCAGAACCGCCCCACUCUGGCCAAGCUCCUCCGCUACCAGUCCACCAAGUCUGGUGAUGAGGCUACUUCUCUUGCCGACUACGUCACCCGUAUGCCCGAGCACCAGAAGCAGAUCUACUACAUCACCGGCGAGUCCAUCAAGGCCGUUGCCAAGUCUCCCUUCCUUGACAGCCUCAAGCAGAAGAACUUCGAGGUUCUGUUCCUGGUUGACCCCAUUGACGAGUACGCUUUCACUCAGCUGAAGGAGUUCGACGGCAAGAAGCUGGUCGACAUCACCAAGGACUUCGAGCUUGAGGAGUCCGAGGAGGAGAAGGCCGAGCGCGAGAAGGAGGAGAAGGAGUUCGAGGGUCUCGCCAAGAGCCUCAAGAACAUCCUCGGCGACAAGGUCGAGAAGGUCGUUGUCUCUCACAAGCUCGUUGGCUCUCCUUGCGCCAUCCGUACCGGCCAGUUCGGUUGGUCCGCUAACAUGGAGCGUAUCAUGAAGGCCCAGGCCCUCCGUGACACCUCCAUGAGCUCUUACAUGUCCUCCAAGAAGACUUUCGAGAUCUCUCCCAAGUCCUCUAUCAUCAAGGAGCUCCGCAAGAAGGUUGAGGCCGAUGGCGAGGGUGACCGCACCGUCAAGUCCAUCACUCAGCUGCUCUUCGAGACCUCCCUCCUGGUCUCCGGUUUCACCAUUGAGGAGCCCGCCAGCUUCGCUGAGCGUAUCCACAAGCUCGUCUCCCUUGGUCUGAACAUCGACGAGGAGGCUGCCCCUGCCGCCGCUGCCGCCGAGAGCUCCAUGGAGGAGGUUGACUAAAUGUUGACCGCAUGAUGUCACGAUCUUCUUUUCGAGCAAAAUGGAAAUGAGAUGUAACUGAUUUUUUUUUUGUGAUGACCCGGAAACUGUUCCAGCGGUAUUUGCAUCAGGGAUCUAAUAU